UAUGCCUAAAAACUGAUGCGUUCAAGGAGGUUGUUAUGUGUGUGUCUUCCUCCCGUGUCUGCAUACGUUACUGGAGCAGCACACACUCAACACCUUCAGCUCUGCGCUCAACAACACACAGGUUUUGUCAGGAUGAAGGCCGGGAUUGUGUUCCUCACCGCUCUUCUGUUCCCUCUGGUCUCUGCUCAGACCUUUCGGUGGGGGCCCUGCCCAACACCAAUGGUUCAGCCUAACUUUGAAUUAGACAAGUAUCUUGGAAAGUGGUAUGAAAUUGAAAAGCUCCCAGCAUCCUUUGAGAAAGGCAAGUGUAUUGAGGCAAACUACAUGCUCAGACCUGACAAGACCGUCCAAGUUCUCAACAUUCAGACAUACAAAGGAAAAAUCAGAAAAACAGAAGGCACAGCAAUCAUCCAGGAUAUGAAGGAGCCGGCUAAGCUCGGAGUCAGUUUUUCCUACUUCACACCUUACGCCCCAUACUGGAUCCUGUCCACUGACUACAACAGCAUAUCUCUAGUUUAUUCAUGCACUGAUAUUCUGCGGCUGUUUCAUGUGGAUUACGCCUGGAUAUUGUCACGAUCACGCUUUCUGCCAGCAGAGGCCGUCUAUCAUGCCAAAGAAAUCUUCUCACGUGACAACAUCGAUGUGAGCAAAAUGAUUGCUACAGAUCAGCAAGGAUGUGAUACUCCCAUUUAAACAGCAAAGGCUAAUAUAUACAUUUAUAUUUCAGAGAAUGAGAGUAAAUGGCUUGAAUUAUAGUCAUAAAUAUAUUUGUGUUGCGUAAAAUCAUCUGAACUAACACAUAAUAUAUGCUCUUUACAGAAUUUUGCACUACUAAAAUAACAAACAUUACCUAUUUGAAGAUCUCUUCUAUGUCAUUCCUGAAUUUUAUUAAACAGUUGCUUAUUUGUGAAUA